CACAACGUCAUUAUAUAGUAGAAAGGAACAUUUUAAAAUGUCGUCAUUAUAUAAUGUAACCAACUAAUAGGAACGGCGGGAGUUUAACGUUAUCUUGGAUAUUAAAUUCUAAUAAAAUCUUGUCAAACAAUUAAAUGAUAUUUAUUCCAACAUGGUAUAGUCUAACAUUAUACAAAUUUGUAUUAUAUUAUUCCAAUGAUAGGUAGUCAAAUUCUUGUGAGCCGUGUGGGGCUUGGUCGGAAUCCUAAAAUAUGGGACGAGCCUAACACGUUCAAGCCCGAAAGACACCUCGAUGGCCAUGUUGAGAACUCAUUGGGCGUGACUCUGAUAGAGCCGGACAUGCGGUUCGUUACAUUCGGUACCGGUCGGCGUAGCUGCCCAGGCACUAAGAUUGGGACAUCUAUGACCAUCAUGUUGUUAGCCAGGCUUCUCCAAGGGUUCGAAUGGACUCUCCCUAAUGGUAAAACUCAAGUCGAACUCAUUUCGGCGGAGAGCAACUUGUUUAUGGCCAAGCCUCUACUCGCAUGCGCGAACCUAGGUUGGCUCCAAGUUUAUAUCCGAAAAUCCAGUUCUAAAAUUUCUACAAGUUGUUUGGAUGACAAAUUAUCAAGUGAUAUAAUCUUGUUAAGUACCAUUUAUGUUUUUUUUUAAAUUAUUAUUCAUGCAUGUGCAUGUUUGUGUGCUUUUAUAUCAUCCCUUGACUUCGUUAAAAGCUUGGUAAUAAAUUUUGUGUAAUUUUCCUUGUGGUUGUUGUAAUUUUUUUUAGUCUUUAAUGUGUUG